AUGUCUUUCACGGAUGAGGAGCUUGACCGCAACUGGCAGCCCAACGGCCGUCGACCGCAAUCAACGAUUGCCAGGAACUUCCAAUUGGAGCUGGAGGACAUCUUCAACCUCGACGAGACCAAGGCUGAGCUGCAGCAGUCGUAUGACACGAGAAAGUACAACGUCGCCAAGACAAACGAGGAGCUCGCCACACUCGAGGCCCGCCUCCGCGAAAUGGAACAGCGCCUCAACGCCGUGCUGCCCGCCGACGCCCAGAAGCAGCCCGCCGACGACUCGACCCCCAAGCAGGAAGCCUCGUCUCUCUCCGCGGCGCCCACAGAUGACAGUAAGUCCAGAUCGCGGCCAGGCACCGCGCGGCCGACCCAGCAAGCCCCCGGCUCUGGUGACAUGCCUCCCACCCCCGGGGCCAGUGAAGGUGAAUAUUACGUUGUCACUCGAGCCGAUAUUAUGGACGACGCCCCCCGCUGA